AUGAAAAAUCUACAAAAUAAUCUUUCAGUAAAGAGCGUUCGGAAAACGGAAGACGAUAGUACUCGGCAGCUUAGCAGCAGAAGCAAAAAAGUGCAACCGGAGAAAUGCUUUUGGUUGUGCGGAACAAGCAUACGAACGAAAUCAUCAGUUGAGACGGAAGAAAAAGGGGAAAAAUAUGGCAAUGGCAAUACUAAAGGAAAGCAAAAAAAAAGGAGUCGUGGAAGAGGAAACGAAGCAGUUCCUACUUCAAAAUCACAGAUAACAUUUUCAUUCCUCACACUUGAAGAGCGUUUUACGAGAACGAUACGAGAACGAGAACAAGAACUAAACGACCCUCAAAUUCCCAUUAAUAAUGCGUCAAAUGUUAGCAAUGCUUAA